GAGCGCUGAGAGCUUCCAGCUGGGAUCACAGUCAUGGACCACAUCACGGUGCCGAAGGUAGAAAACGUGACAUUACUGGAUCAUUUUUCGGGUAAGACGUUAUCUAAUGGGAUUCUGUAUCUUACUGCAACUCACCUGAUCUAUGCGGAGGCUUCUGGUGCAGCACAGCAAGAAACAUGGAUUGCAGUGCAUCACAUUGCCACUGUGGAGAAGUUACCUUUAACUAGCGAGGGCUGUCCCCUAAUUGUGCGCUGCAAGAACUUCCUGGUGGCCCACUUUAUUUUAGACUCUGACACAGUUUGCCAGGAGGUUUAUAUUUCGCUGCUCAAGCUUUCUCAGACAGCAUUACUUGAAGAUCUGUAUGCUUUUUUUUAUAAUCCCAUAUCUACAAAAGAGAUGAGGGAAAAUGGAUGGAAACUGAUUGACCCAAUAUCAGAUUUUGGGCGUAUGGGAAUACCCAACAGGUACUGGACCAUAACAGAUGCCAACAGAAACUAUGAGAUAUGCAGUACCUACCCUCCUGAAAUAGUGGUUCCUAAGUCUGUAACCUUGGGAACAUUGGUUGGAAGUUCGAAGUUCAGAAGUAAAGAACGGUUACCUGUGCUCUGCUACCUCUACAAAGAGAAUAAUGCUUCCAUUUGCCGCUGUAGCCAGCCUCUGUGUGGGUUUUACACUCGCUGUGAAGAUGACGAGCGCUUGCUAGAGGCUAUUGGACAAACAAACCCAGGGAGCCAGUUUAUGUAUAUUAUAGACACAAGACCGAGGUUGAAUGCCUUGGCCAACCGAAUAGCUGGGAAGGGGUAUGAAAACGAAGACUACUAUGCCAACACUCGCUUCAGGUUCAUUGGCAUUGAGAACAUCCAUGUGAUGCGGAGCAGCCUGCAGAAACUCGUGGAAGUUUGUGAAUCGAAAACUCCAACAGUGACUGAAUUUCUUAGUGGCCUGGACAGCUCAGGGUGGUUGACACACAUUAAAGCUAUUAUGGAUGCUGGAACUUUCGUUGCAAAGGCCAUAAAGGUAGAAAAAGCCAGUGUCUUAGUCCACUGUUCUGAUGGGUGGGACCGCACAGCACAAGUCUGCUCUUUGGCCAGCAUCCUCCUAGAUCCAUUUUAUAGGACAUUCAACGGUCUCAUGAUCCUGAUUGAGAAGGAAUGGAUAUCCAUGGGCCACAAGUUCUCCCAAAGGUGUGGCCAUCUGCAUGGGGACUCCAGAGAAGUAUCCCCUGUCUUCACCCAAUUCCUAGACUGUAUCUGGCAAUUGAUGGAACAAUUUCCUUGUGCCUUUGAGUUUAAUGAAAUCUUCCUGCUGGAGAUCCAUGAUCAUGUUUUUUCCUGCCAGUUUGGGAACUUCCUUGGAAACUGCCAGAAGGAUCUGGAAGACAUGAGAGUCUAUGAGAAAACCCAUUCUGUGUGGCCUUUCUUGGCUCAGAGGAAACCAGACUUCAAGAACCCUCUCUACAAAGGCUUAAAUAUGUAUGGGAUGCUCGAUCCUAGUACUAUGCCCUGCAAUAUUCAGUUCUGGUGUGGAAUGUAUAAUCGCUUUGACAAAGGGCUACAUCCCCAGCAAAGUAUGAUAGAGAGCCUCCUGGAAAUUGAGAAACAGAAAAUGCUGCAGGUAGGUGUCCACAAACAAGAAGUGAAAUUGAAAGCUCUCGAUGAGCCACCAGAAGAACUCUUUACCAGCUGUCACUUUGGGGAUUUAUUAUCUCAGCAUCCGGAAAGUCCCUUGACCAAUCCUCUUGAUUUUAUGGGAGACCUGCAUGCUUUGUCCAGGGAAGGAGGCCUCCAAGCUCAGAAGGAUCAAGCAAAAUGCCAGUGUGGCGACUACCAGUAUGAACAAUUUGAGAUUAUAGGCAGCUUUAAGUCCAUAAGCAUUUCUGAGAAUGUGGGCUUCUCUGGAGACCCAGGCAUCUCUGAGGCCAUGGGUGCCUCUGAGGCCAUAGGCAUCUCCAAGGCUAGCAGCGAGGAGGCAGGCUGCUCCCAGCAACAGUAA